AUGGCGUCCAACAUUGAACAAUUACCGUUCUUUCAGCAGCGGAUAAGCAAGGGCGAGCUGGUUGUGAAGGACCCUCCAAAGUUCGACCUUGAAUCAUACAUCGCCAACUAUGCCGGCAAUACACGAAUCGACCGGCUCCGCCACAUUGGCUCUCACUCGCCGUACCUUGCCCUAGAUGCAUACCGCCUGGCGAUCGCAGAGGCGAAGAAGGGGAAGAACGUCAACCUCUACCUGGAACUGGCGGAGGAUCUGAGUGUCAUUGCGCCACAAGAUCCCGCAGCUCUGACAGACACAACGUGGGCAGAAAAAAAGGCGCAGGAGACCCAGCGCGAGCAGGACAGGCUGGAGCAUGAGCUCAAGUCGUACAAGAACAACUUGAUCAAGGAGUCUAUAAGGAUGGGCAACGAAGACCUAGGGCACUUCUUCUACGACAUCGGCGACUACGGCAACUCGCAGAAGUCAUACAUGAAGAUGCGCGAAAGCUGCACCUCGAACAAGCAUCUCGCCGAUAUGACCCUCCGUCUCGUUUACGUCAGCGUCGCUCAGAAGUCGUGGUUGACCGUACAAUCCAACCUGGCCAAGGUUGACGCAGCACAGUUGAAGGGCGAGGACAAGAGCAAGCUGGAGCCUAUCGUGUCUGCUUGCACAGGUCUUGCUCACAUGUGUGUUGGAAAUUUCAAGGAAGCCGCAACAAAUUUCCUCGGCACGUUACCUGCGUUCUUGACGAUUGAGCCCGCGGCGGGUAUCACAUGGCAGAAGGAAGUGCUCUCUGGCAACGACGUAGCUGUCUACGGUGGACUUUGUGCGCUUGCAUCGAUGGACCGUAGCGAGCUGCAGGCAAAGGUGCUCGGCAACAGCGAAUUCAGGAACUUCCUGGAGCUCGAACCGCACAUCCGCCAAGCCAUCAACCUAUUCUGCAACUCCAAGUACAGCGCUUGUCUCGAUGUGCUCGAAGGCUACCGGAGCGACUACCUCCUCGAUGUGUACCUUUCGAAGGUGCUCAGCACCAUCUAUGGCCGUAUUCGCACCAAGAGCAUUGUCCAGUACUUCAUCCCUUUCAGCUGCGUCACACUCGAUGAGAUGUCAUACAAAUUUCCUGUCGCCGGAAAUAUUACAAUCGAGGAAGAGCUGGAGCACAUGAUCAACGACAAGACACUUGAAGCACGGAUAGACCUCGUUGACCGACUCCUCAUCUCCCCGCCCACGAACCCUCGCCACGACGUACACGCCGAUGCUCUCAAGAUGGCCGAGACCUACGAUCUCACACUCAGAUUGCGCCUGACGCGUCUGAAUAUGCAGGCAGCUGGUAUGGAGAUCAAAGCAGAUAGGGGCUCGAGCGAGAAGAUGGGCUCCGGCAUGGAGCGCAUUGGUGAAGGCUUGAGAGGACUGGGCUCAAAGAUUGGUUUCUCAUAG